AUGAAGCGCAGCUUCGAAGCAGGCAAUGACUUGCCAGUCUUCGCCUUCUUCAAACCGAGGCCGAUGAUCACUGACCUCACCAAGGGGCCCAUGGGAGAGGUGGCCAGGAGGAUGUGCCCGGAAGCGCCUCCCAAGCCUGUGGGGCAGUUGGAUCGGUGCACCACAGGCCUAAUGAUUUUCACCCUGGACGGAUGCCUCACCUGCCACCUGAAUAGCCAUGCUCCCAAGACGUAUCGCGCGUGGUACGAUGGCUGGAGACGUCGCGAUGGGAGGAGUUGUGGCGAGCUCACAGACUUGGAAUGCCAACGCCUGCUGGAGGGUGUCGAACUCUCGCGGGGCGAUGGCUUUGCCGCCUUCGAAUCCAUCGAAAGGCUGGGUGGUGUUCAACAACCCAGCGUGCAGAAAUCAGGUGAAGAGAUCGAGAAGUUCCAGUACUCCGCGGAUGUACGGAUCAAGUGUGGCAAGUUCCAUGUGGUGAAGCGUCUCUUCAUGUCCGUGGGGAAGUCAGUCCUCAGGCUCCAACGCUUGGCCAUCGGAGAGCUUUCCCUUGAGGCCUGUGGCCUACAGGAGCCGGGAGACUUUGUGGAGCUCACUGCAGAGCAAGUCGAAGCCUUGUGGCAGGAGUGCGCUGAGUGCCGAUGA